AUCGCGGAAAAACGCUCGCUGUCCGCACACACGCACACGUGUUUUCUCGCCGGCCAGUACUCGACCCGGUGGCGUGCUCGUUGCAUUCGCGUCGUCCGUUAUAUUCCGUCGUCGUCUCGGCGCGCCUAUAUCGCACACGACCCGAGACCCCGUUUUCUCCACCAAAACGACCAAAAAAAAAAAAAAAAGAAAAACAUUGUCGGUUCACAGCAAUCGUUUACGUCGCACAAUAUUGUAAUAUUAAAAGACUAUGAUUGCGAUCUAGGUGUACAACGAUGUAAAAUACAUUUUUUAUUACGGUCCAAUAUUAUAUAUUGUACGGCGACGAUAAUAAUUUCGGCGCAUUUUACCUGUAUAUAUAGAUAACGAUUGUUUCAAAAUAUUUGCAGUCCAAAACGGUUAUACCUCGUAUACUGCAACAGAAAACAACGACACAGCGACGUAAUCGUUCCGACUUUGGGUAGUCGGAAACCAUGUUCCUAGCGGACGUCGGCACAGUCCCCUCAUACCACAUAAACUUCACCAGUUCGGCUGGACUACGGCCGGCCACGACAACUGUCUAGGCUGGUGACGAAAGAGCCACUCUAAGUUUGGUGGAAUUGAACGACAUACGGCUAUAAUUAUAUGGUAAACAUGCGUGCGACUUCAACGUCACAGAGGAACCAUCGAAUGAGCGAAAUCGUCCGUUUCGCUGUUGCGAUCGCAGUGAUCACGUCUUGGUGUACCUUUCGAGUGAACGGUUACGAGCCAGAUUUUUUGUUCCCGCUGGAUAACGUGACUAUUGCCCAGGGCCGGGACGCGAUAUUCACGUGUGUGGUCAACAAUAUCGGUGGUAACAGGGUUGCUUGGAUUAAAGCAGACACGAAGGCUAUAUUAGCUAUUCACGAACAUGUUAUCACGAACAAUGACAGGUUAUCUGUCACGCACAAUGAUUUUAAUACAUGGACACUAAAUGUUAAGGCUGUUCGGAGAGAAGAUAGAGGCACUUACAUGUGUCAAGUCAAUACGGACCCAAUGAAAAGCCAAAGUGCUUUUCUAGAAGUAGUUAUACCCCCAGACAUCGUAUACGAAGACACUUCUGGAGAUAUGAUGAUUCCUGAAGGUGGUUCGGCUAAAUUGAUUUGCAAAGCUCGAGGAUAUCCUGAACCAAAGAUAUUAUGGAAAAGAGAAGAUGGAGGAGAUAUAAUUGUUAGAACUGGAACUACAGUGAAAACCAAAAUGACGACAGUUGAAGGUGAAUCAUUACUUUUAUCAAAAGUGACAAGAUCAGAAAUGGGUGCAUACCUUUGCAUUGCGGCCAACGGUGUACCACCAUCGGUUAGCAAAAGACUGAUGCUUCACGUUCAUUUUCAUCCUUUGGUUCAAGUUCCAAAUCAACUAGUGGGAGCACCUCAGAAAACGGACAUUACACUUCAAUGCUAUGUCGAAGCAUCGCCAAAGUCAAUCAAUUAUUGGACAAGAGAAUCAGGAGAAAUGAUAAUAUCAAAUGACAAGUACAAUAUGACAGAAAUCACAGUUUCCUAUUACAGUGCUCAGAUGAAACUGACAAUUAGAAAACUUAAAAAAUCAGAUUUAGGAGGAUACAAAUGCAUAUCGAAAAAUUCAAUUGGAGAAGCUGAAGGAAAUAUUAGAGUAUACGAAAUGGAUUUAUCUAAGCCCAGAACGCCUAGCGAAGACGAUAACGAUAAUGCUAUAAAUACGUUUGAUUCCGAAGAAGACGAUUAUGAAAAUAGAAACACGGGGCGCAAUUCUUCAAACAACUCACCGGCGCUCAAAGAUCAAUCUCACCGUUUACCCAGGUCGUCUUCAAACAUAAUACGACACGUCGAUUAUGUUAUGUUAAUACCGAUAUUAUUGCUGAUGAAAUACUAAAAUGUUAUAUUUAUUGUAUUCGUGUAUAUUGAAGUAAACAAAUUUUUGGAGGUUGGCCUAUUCUAGAGAACCUAUAUUAUAGGCUCGCUAGUCUAUUCCAUUUAGACUAUAAUACGCAUUAUUCAAACCAUAUAUGUAUUAUAUAUUAUAUUGUACAUUAUGUGUAUUGUGUAUACAUUUUUCAUUUACAUUCUUCCCGUACUUAUAUAGUAUCCGACCACGACGAUACAAUACUACCGGCGUGUAUACGACUUAUACCAAAAAUGUAAUAAUACUAUAAAAAAAAAAAAAAAAAAAAUAUUAUAUAAAUGUCUACUUACGGGUACCGAUUCUGUUGAUGAGCACGGUCAAAGGAUAAACAUAAUAAUAGGUACCUAUAUUAUUUUUAUGGUACAUAUUAAUAUGCGUGAACCGAGGACAACAACUGUGGAUAAAUGAAAAUAAUCCAACGAUUUAAAAUUAAUCAUUUUCAAUGGAUUAAAAAAAAAUAUUGCAAUUUGUACAUAUUAUAAUGUAUUAUUUAUCGAUCAAAUAACUGUAGUAAUUUCAACCAUAAAAAUGUAUGUUAAAUAUAAUUUUACAAUGUAUUAACUACCGUCAAACUAUUGUUAGGUAUCUUCCUACCUAUUAUACUUUUUUUUUUUGUAAACUACACUUCCUGUCAUCGUCCAACCUCCGUUUGUUUACAAUGUCAUAAUACGAGUUAAGACUAUAUAUUUACGCAAAUUAAUAAUAAUAAAAAAUUAUUCUCAAUGAGGUAUAAUUAUGUUGUUAAUGAAUUUAUCACAUUAAAUGUUCUACCGUAAAUGAAUGUAUAAUAUUAACCACAUGUAAAUAAACUUAGUUAAAUUAA